AGUAAAAGAAUGCACUCGAUCGAGUAUGAAACAUACGGUUAUCGAUAACUGGAACCUAGAACCUGGCCAUCACUAGCAACAGCUGUCAUCACUAGGAGCAGACCACUGUUUUUGUGCGCAGUUUAAAAAGAAAACACUGUUUAUUAUCCAGAUGAGGUUCUGAAAACCCAUCAAGCCGUCUACUCAUAAGCUGAAUCAACAACAUAAAGCUUGCCAAAACAAAAACACGUGCAGGCACACGUUUACAUAUUUAUUUUCAUUGCGAACAGGUGAUUUCCGACAAACAACAGCAAAAUGGGAAUGGUACAGAAGCGCAAGAAGAUGCACUAUGGAGACACCCAUUUGCAGAGGAGGUGGCGUGUUCGCAACCGGCGACGUGAUCUCGAUCAGAUCGACGACGAUCUUCGCACCCGGAGCGGUGAGCUAAUCAAUCAGAAUGUGGAUCUGGACAAACCGGGAUUCGCCCAGUUCUAUUGUGUGCACUGUGCCAAGUACUUUAUCGACGACACCGCCAUGCAGGCCCAUUUCCGCACCAAGGUGCACAAGCGCCGGCUAAAGGCCCUGGAGACGGAGCCCUACAGCAUUGAGGAGUCGGAGCGUGCCGCCGGCAAAGGCAGCUUCCAGAAGGCCAAGAAGCGUGUCAUGGAGACACAGCCAACAAAAGAUGAAGUUAUUGCCGGAAAACGUAUCAAAGUAGAGGAAAAAGCCGAGGCAAUGGCCGAGGAGCCAUCCACAUCGAAGGCGACACCUCGCAAAAAGCCCGAAAAGAUGGAGACCUAGUUCUUAGUUUAGUUUACAAUUCACAAUUCGUAUAAAUAUAUUUCGCUUCUGUAUA